UAUGCAACCCGUCGUUGUUGAUGUCGAGACGCAGUGUCGAUGUCACGCUCGACGUUCUAGUUUAACUUGCAGUACGACACGGUUAAGUGCUUACUAGUCUUACAACGAAAUUUUCCCUUCUUUUUUAAUUCAAAUAAUUUCAUCAAUUUUACACGGAGCUUCUAAGUGAAUCACAGCGUUAAGGUACCAGAGUUUCGACUUGAUUUCCAAGUCGAUAUUGUUAAUUCAAUCGUCAUUAAAUAAUCUGCCAAGCUGGGAGACGGUAGAGGAAGACCAAAAAGGGUCAGGAUGGCUGAAGAAUCUUUACCACCCACGCCUGUCAUUAAGGAACGUCAACAGAGUCAUGCACUCCCUCUGGUCAUUAAAAUCGCUGAAGUCCUUUUGGAGGUUUUAAUAAUUGGACUUAUUGUUGAUCCUUUCAAUUCUCAACUGAAAAUACUUAAUCCGGCUGAGAAAAAACUCGACGAUGCGGGAUUUGUUUAUACUACCGUUUGUGGAUACCUGAUCAUCAAUGUGAUUUUCAUCAUUGGAUAUUUCCUCGGCGAUAGAAUCCCAAAGAGAACGUCCCUAAUAUUUUCCAGCGUGGGUGCAUGUCUUCACAUUGCAGCAGCAAGUGUCAUGAUACGCAGGUGGAAACGGAUGACCAACAGUUAUAUUGACUACGGGAUGAAUAACGCAGUUCAUUCCAGUAAACAGUACAAUGACAUGUUAAUAUCUGCAUCUGUAUUUACUUUUGUCAAUGCCGUAGUAUUUGGAGUUGAUGUUUUUAUUACAAUGAGAUUCACGUAGUAAUCUAAAUGGCGGAAAAAAUCGGACAUCUCUGUAAUUUUUCUGUGAUCCUGUCAAAAGUUGAAGGAAAUGAUGAUUCAAAUGGGAGCUUUACGACGGGAUAAUAGAAAAAUUGAGGAGUUACAAGAUAUUUUCUGCUAUUUUAUGGACCGCCUUUCUAAGGAUUGAAAUGGCGGAAAAAUAAGGUAACUCGUCGAUUUAAUUAUAUUAUGAUUGAUUUUCAGCGCUAAAGCCAAUAUUAAUACAUGAAAAAUGAAGAUCGAUUUUAGCCAAAAAUUAUAGUGUUUUUCAAGUUCAAAUGCAUAAUGCUGUAAUCCAAAGUUUUAAAUAACUUGAUCUUAAUGUCAAAUCCGUCCAAUAAUU